CUGACGGAGGGAGAGAGAUAGAGAGAGGGAGUAAGGAGGGCUGGAGCAGGAGCAGGAGCUGGAGCAGCACCGCUACACCACGCUCGCCAAAAUUGUGAUUUUUGCAUGUCAGGAGCGGAGGAGCCUGUCGCCGGUCAUCGGCCGUUCCCCACCUUUCGUCUCUUUUUGCUUGUUCCACAUUAAACAAGAGGCAUGAGGAAUUGGGCGAGGAUAACGAAGUGGCUCUCAGUAGCGUGCCUGCUGUUAACGAUAUGGACGAAGGUGGGCCAGUCUUCGGGCUAUUUCGAGCUGCAGCUGAUGACCGUGGAGAAUGUAAACGGUGAGUUGUGGGACGGGGAAUGCUGCGACGGCGCGCGGAGCUCGCAGGACCAGCGCUGCACGCGGGACGAGUGCGACACGUACUUUAAAGUGUGCCUGAAGGAGUACCAGAGCGAGGUGACCACCAAGGGCCAGUGCAAUUUCGGUACCGGAUCUACCGGCGUGCUUGGUGGAAAUAUACUUUCUUUUAAGAGCGCCAAGAACAACCCGAACAAGAUCAGCGACGCGGGCAAGAUCACCAUCCCCUUUCAGUUCGCCUGGCCGAGAUCCUACACACUCAUCGUGGAGGCCUGGGACUGGGACAACACCACUCAAAACAGUGAGGAGCUGCUGAUUGAGCGACAUGCCCACACAGGCAUGGUGAAUCCUGGGGACCACUGGCAGGUUAUCAUGCACCCAGGUGCCACUGCCCGCUUCGAGUACCGCAUCCGUGUCAAGUGCGAUGAGAACUACUAUGGCAGCAAAUGCAACAAGCAGUGCCGACCUCGUGAUGACUACUUCGGCCACUAUCGCUGCGAUCCUUCUGGAAACAUCGUCUGUUCAGAGGGUUGGAUGGGACACGACUGCCGAACAGCUAUCUGUAAGCAGGGCUGUAAUUUGAUUCACGGAGGCUGCUUGGUGCCCGGGGAAUGCACGUGUAACUACGGCUGGCAGGGUCAGUUUUGUGAUGAGUGUCUACCCUAUCCGGGCUGUGUACACGGCACCUGUGAGAACCCAUGGCAGUGCAACUGUGAGAAGAACUGGGGUGGACUGCUGUGUGAUAAAGAUUUGAACUACUGUGGCACCCAUCACCCUUGUGUGAACGGAGGCACCUGCAUGAACUCGGAGCCAAAUGAGUAUAAUUGUGCAUGUCCCGAAGGCUACUCUGGCAAGAACUGUGAGAUAGCUGAGCAUGCCUGCGUUUCCAACCCGUGUGCUAAUGGUGGCACUUGUCAUGAAGUUCCCUCUGGCUUUGAGUGUCACUGUCCACCAGGCUGGGAGGGUCCCACCUGCGCUAAAGACAUGGACGAAUGCGCUUCCAGCCCUUGUGCUCAGGGGGGGACUUGCAUUGACCUGGAGAACGGCUUUGAGUGUCUCUGUCCUCCGCAAUGGGCUGGGAAGACCUGCAAGAUCGAUGUAAAUGAGUGUGUGGGGAAGCCUUGCGUUAACGCUUACUCUUGCAAAAACUUGAUUGGUGGAUAUCUCUGUGACUGCUUUCAAGGAUGGGCCGGACAGAACUGUGACAUCAACUUGAACGGCUGCCAUGGACAAUGUCAGAAUGGAGCAACCUGCAAGGGAGGAGCACGGGGAGGCUACCAUUGUCAGUGUCCUCCAGGCUUCACAGGCAUCCACUGUGAGAUCCAGAGGAACAAGUGUGCCAGCAGCCCCUGCCAGAACGACGGCCUCUGCCACGUGUUGUUGGACAGCUUUCUAUGUGAAUGUCUACCUGGCUACGCUGGUGUGCUGUGUGAGGUGCAAAGCCACUCCAGCCCUUGCGAGCCCAACCCGUGCAAGAAUGAGGCAUCCUGCCACAGCCUGCUGGGGGAUUUCUACUGCGCCUGUCCCGAGGACUAUGAGGGGAAGACCUGUGCAGACCGCAAAGACCACUGCAGGACUGCCCCAUGCCAAGUGAUCGACAGCUGCACGAUUGCGGUAGCAAGUAACAGCUCGGAUGGAGGCGUAAGACACAUCUCGUCCAACGUGUGUGGCCCUCACGGACGCUGCGUCAGUGAGCCCUCUGGAAACUUCACCUGCACUUGUGAGCCAGGCUUCACUGGAACUUACUGCCACGAGAAUGUGAAUGACUGCGUGAGCAGCCCGUGUCGGAACGGUGGCACCUGCAUUGAUGGCCUCAACUCCUUCCUGUGCUUCUGUCCUGAUGGCUGGGAAGGCGACCUCUGUGACCUCAAUGUAAAUGAGUGCAGCAGGAACCCAUGUAAGAAUGGCGGCCACUGUCAGGAUCUGGUCAAUGACUUCUACUGCGAGUGUGCAAACGGUUGGAAAGGCAAGACGUGCCACUCACGUGAGAGCCAGUGUGACUCCAGCACCUGCAGCAAUGGAGGCACCUGCUAUGACCACGGAGACGCUUUCCGCUGUGCCUGCCCACCGGGGUGGGGCGGAAGCACCUGCAACACAGCAAAGAACAGCACGUGUGCUUCCAGUCCGUGUGUUAAUGGUGGUACCUGCGUGGGUGCCGGGGACACGUUCACCUGCAUUUGUAAGGAUGGCUGGGAGGGGCCCACCUGUGCUCAGAACAUCAACGACUGCAACCCUCACCCGUGCUAUAAUGGAGGGAUUUGUGUGGAUGGGGUGAACUGGUUCCGCUGUGAAUGUGCUCCAGGUUUCGCUGGGCCUGACUGCCGCAUCAACAUCGACGAGUGCCAGUCAUCACCCUGCGCGUAUGGAGCAACAUGCAUAGACGAGAUCAACGGUUUCCGCUGCAUCUGUCCACUUGGACGCUCUGGGCCUCGAUGCCAAGAAUUUAUAGGCAUUGGCAAGAAAUGCCAUUACGAUGGACUGCAGUACCCUCAUGGCAGCCGCUGGGAGAAGGACUGCAACACCUGCCAGUGUGUCAAUGGCAAAGUGGAGUGUACAAAGGUGGUUUGUGGCCGACGGCCGUGUCUGCUGCCAGGGGUUCCAGGCCGAGAACGUUCUGCCUGCCCAGGUGGUCGAGAGUGCCAGGAGCACAACUUCCUGACCUGUCUCUCUCCCCCCUGCCACCAAUGGGGCUUCUGUGUCAGCCCUGAGAUCGUCCUAACAGUCGACAGCAAGUGUGAGCCCAACACAGGCUACCUGGACAACAGCUGUGCCCGGAUCACACUCAUCUUCAACAAGGAGAAACUGCCCACAGGAACAACAGUGGAGAAUGUGUGCUCAGAGCUGAGGUACAUGCCUACCACGCGGAACCUUGCCAAAGAAGAUUUUCUUGUGGUUCUUUGUGAGCUCUCCUACUCCAACCAGGAUGCAGUAGAGGUGGCCAUUUCCUUCCAGCAGGACGAGCAGCCUGACCACAGUCGGAUCCAGGAGGCGGCCAGCACCAUCGUCAGCGCUCUGUCCAAGCGCCACAACAGCACCAUCAUGCAGGCCGUUGUUGAGGUCAGAGUGGAGACACGGCUCGUGCCCCAGCCUGUGGAUUACUUGGUGCCCGUUCUGUGUGUUGUCUUCUGCGCCCUGUGGAUCUUCUGCGUGAUCGUGUGUGUGUGGUGGACACGCAAGCGCCGAAAAGAGCGUGAGAGGCGCGAGCGUGCCCCAGUGGAGGAAAGCGUCAACAACCAAUGGGAGCCGCUGCGGCCGGUGGCGCGGCAGCAGCACAAGGACAACCGGGAUGCCGAAUAUGAGCGGGCCAAGCUCAUGGGCUCACCGGAGCGGGCCCAUGGAGAGGGCGAUGAGGAGCUCGAGGAGGAGGAGGAAGAGGAAGAAGAGCUGGAGCUGGCAGAGGAGUGGCGAUGUGGGCCGGAAGGAGGCAAGCGGCCCGUCCCAAAGUACUCGAAGGCCACAGUGCGGCUCAACAGCGAGUUGAUUUGCACCACGCGCAGCAGCAGCGGCAGCGCGCCCCUCAAAGCCCCGCACCGGACGGCCCACAGUCUCAAAGACAACCGCUGGAAAAAAGUCAACAGCCCCCCAACUGACCAAGACGCCAAAGAGAUCUGCGUAUAGACACUGGGCACGACAUGCAGAGAGAGGCUCUCUUGUUCUGUAGACGAAGAACAAGAACAAAGGCUUUUGAGUUUGAUAAGAGAGACAGAACUUUUUUUUUUUCCUUAUCCUUUUUCACUUUAUUUUUAUUUCCUCAUGCUGAGAAGUUUCGAGUCCAAAAAAAGAAGCUGAGAUUUUUUUCUUUUCUUGACAUAUUUUUAUUUUUUUAUGUACAGAUGAAGCAAAUUUUGUUUUACUUUAUAAGAAAAAGGCGAAAGAGACGCCCGCUUUUGUUUGUUUUUUGAAAUGUAACUGAAACACAAAGCAGGAAAAAAAACACUCAAUAGAGGAAAAAUAUAAACUGUAUAAAGACUUUCUGUUGUUGUUUACAGAUGAUUGUGGUUUUGUUUCAUUGUGAGCGGCCCAUGUUUUUUGGCACAGACCUUGGAUUGGGGGUGGCCAGUGAGGUGCACUGGUUCUGGGGUCAGAAGUGAGAAGGUCCCUCCUCCCCACCCCUAUCCACUUCUCUCCACCUCUCCUCACUCCACGCCUGCCUUACUGAGCUCAUGGGUCAGUGCCUGCGAAGUGGCCUUGUUUUUUUUUCUGUCACGUCUGUUGUCUUGGCUGAACGCUCUUCAAAGAUAAAAAAAAAAAAAUUUAAGGAUUGCAGUAUUUUGAGUUGGUAGCAAGUGCCUUCUGACGAGCCCAUUUGUUUGCGUCUCUCGCUGCCGAGGUCGACCCUAGAUAGAUCACUACAAAGGGAGAGGCUAGUCACAAGAGCAACUCCCAUUUCACCACCGAGGUAUUUGAUCAAAGAAAGAUAAGAACUGUGUAAAUAUGUGUAUAUAGUAAAGGAGUCGCUGUGUAUAUUUGAAUUUAGUAACUUAAGACAAGUCACACUUUUUUUUAUUACUAUUAUAAUUAUGAUUGAAAUUAUUAUU